UUCCGGGCCAGCGCUCCUCCGUCGCCCAGGCUUCUGGCCCGGAGCGCGGCGGCCCCAUCGCGUUAUGGAGGCGGAGGCGGCAUCCACACCGGCUGCCGGCGUUGGGUGCUCGGUGUCAGCGGAGGAGAUCGAAAAGUGGAUGGAGGAGGCCAUGCAGAUGGCCAAAGAAGCCCUGGAAAACACUGAAGUUCCUGUUGGCUGCCUUCUGGUCUACAACAAUGAAAUUGUGGGGAAGGGAAGAAAUGAAGUUAAUCAAACCAAAAAUGCCACUCGACAUGCGGAAAUGGUGGCCAUCGAUCAGGCCCUAGCCUGGUGCCGGGGCAGCGGCAGGAGCCCCUCCGAGGUGUUCGAGCGCACGGUGCUGUACGUCACCGUGGAGCCCUGCGUAAUGUGCGCUGCCGCUCUCCGCCUGAUGAAAAUCCCACUGGUUGUAUAUGGCUGUCAGAAUGAACGUUUUGGUGGUUGUGGCUCUGUUCUAGAUAUUGCCUCUGCUGAUUUACCAAAUACUGGGAGACCAUUUCAGUGCAUUCCUGGCUAUCGGGCUGAGGAAGCGGUGGAAAUGUUAAAGAACUUCUACAAACAAGAAAAUCCAAACGCACCCAAAUCAAAGGUUCGGAAAAAGGAAUGCCAGAAAUCCUGAGCUUGAUCUAAUGAAGCACGAAUGCUGCUGGAUGAAAUUCUUGGACUGAAAGCUGCUGACCUCACUGGAUCAUAUGUUAUAUAUUGUCUGUAACCCAUGGGAAAAGGAUCUCUCAUCAUUGCCUCUGUUAAAGGAACAAAUUAGCACUUUAAAAAAGGCAGACAAUUGCAAUCAACUACUAGCUUUUCCAUGAGCUGAAUAUUUUGAAAAGGGGAAAAAUUAAAGAUUGAGGUGUUAGAAAUUAGUAAGCAAUGCAAUGCACUUCCUGCCAAAACUGUGACGCCCAGCCCAGGAAAGCACUGUAGGAAAUGAGCACCGAGACUCAGUUAUCGGCCUGUCUGGACGGGGCUGUGCGGCUGUGGACGCCCGGCCCACGCCUGGCACUGCAGAAGCGAGUCUUCUUUGCAGCCACUAUGUUCUCCCAGGGUGUUGGGGGACCGUGACUUCCUUGGACACUGUACAUGAGUUGUAUACAUGUAGACCGUGAUUAUAUGAUCCUCAGAACAAAUUUUUUACUUUUAUAAAACAUUUAGA